AUGUCGGUCGAGAAUGGCGGCGGUCGUGACGGCGGUGCGGAGACGUCGGUGGCCGCGAUACUUUCCGCGGCGACCGUGACGCCAAUCGCGCAGCUCGGCCCUGACUUGACAACCGCCUCCGACGGCAUCUCACGCGCCGUCCGUGGAGACGUCACGAUUGUGUGGCCCUACAACUCGGUCAACCGCUCGCUCGCCUUCUUGCUCGCCGAGCCCGACGUCCGCUUGCGCCGCUCAAAAGGCCAGAUCCGUGUCCAGCUGCACGGCGCGAGCGCGACCGCUGUGGCCGAUAGUGGUCUCGGUGGCGGCGAUGAGCUGCUUCUGAGCUUGCACGGAGCAAGCUGGUCCAAAGACGAGUCCUCCCUGAAACUGCCAGGCUCGCGCGUGGAGUGGCAGCUGGAGUUCCGUGGGCGGAUUGUCCUGCAGGCGAAAGUAGGCGAGGCACAGGAGGCGCAUGCGAUUGAUGUCGACCAGCCAGAGGAGGCGGAGGACGUAGGCACGGAAUCACGAGACGGACGGGACGCCACCAACGGCCACGCUUCUCUCGACCAUCAUGCGCGGGCGCCACCAUCCUCACCGCCCAUCGGCGAUUUAUUCCGCCUGCCCAUGUCGCCUCUCCCGCGGCCGACCUUGAACGACGAAGAAUAUGCGUCGCCUGCGUUUAUCAAGCGUGCAAGGAUCUCAUUUGGCUCGCUGUUUGAGCCCGGCUUCGACGUCUUUGAGGACGACGGCGGCGUACGUGGCAGAGGCCGGAAACGGACGCGCUUUGGGCGGCCGAGCAAUGCCUGGCGAUACAGCAGCCAGUCUGUGAGCCCGGAACCCGAGCCAAAGCAGACCACGCUCUCGGAAGACGAGGAUGACCGCGACAAGGAAGAGACAGAGGAAACACGCCCAUCUCCGCCGACAACCAUGGACGCCGCGACACCGGCACCUGCGCCUCGGCCAGAACCGGAGAUGACGACUGUCACGACAGAAGCUGCGGCCGCCCCCGUCUCGCCGGCUCCGCGGACACAAGGGCAGCCCCAGUCGCGCCUCGAGAACAUGCCUUCGUCACCGCCUGUUCCUACAUCGCAGCUGGACACGCCUACACCCGCUCUUCGCCAAGACAACGGACCUACGUCGACUAUACCUGUCUUUGGCCAAGUGCAGAUGGGAAGCAUUCCCAAUCCCUUUGCCACCAGCGAGCGGACCGCAUCUGCUCUUUUCGGGGCGUCUACGCAGCCUGUUGGCAGCAACCCGUUUGGCGCACCGUCGCUCCCGGCCACGAAUGAUCCUUUUGGAGCGUCCGCGCCUGUCGCAUGCACUAGCAACCCUUUUGGUGCUCCACACCCUGCGGAAAGUAGCAAUCUUCCUUUUGGAGCACCUGCUGUGGUGCCGUUCGGGACCUCUGGCGCCGAUGCAUUGGGAUUUGUGCCCGACGGCGCCCUGUUCAACGACCAUGUCCGGUUCCCAUUUGGUGAUCCUACUAAUUCUUUUGACCAUCAUCACCAUCAGCAACAGCAACAGCAACAGCAGCAGGGCCACGCUCAAGAUACCGAGGUGGCCGCUUUCCCUCCACCUGCUACAGACGAGCACUUUGGCGAGCCUCAGUACCACUACCCCGAACCACCGUCCCAGCACACAGCAGCGCAUGGUUCCUCGUUCGGCCAUGGCGACAGCGGGCCCGACCACCCCUUGCAUGGUGGCUUCGGUGUGCCCGGGGCGCCCACCGAGAAGCCACAACAUGCUUCUCCGUCACCACAUCCACAAUCGAAUGAACCGCCGCAGAAUACUGGCCAGGACCAUAUGCUUGUGUGGCCGAUCAGUGCGCCUACCUUGGACGCCCGACAUGCGGAAGGCUCCAUACCGCCGGCAGAGGCUACAGCAUCAACAGAGAGGCACAAUGACGCCGCGUCGUCGUUUAUCGCGAGCGGCGCAAACGAAGGCGUCUUUGAAGACGACACGCCUGUGACGGCGACGGACCUGCCGCGAGAAGUGGAUGCAUACGGCUACAAUGACCGGCGCUACCAGAAUGAAGACGAGGAGCAGAUGGUGGGUAUGGCCGACGAGCACUCCAGCCGACAAUCUGGAGAGGACGACCUGGAGUCCGACGGCCCAGAAGAGGCCGAGCCAACGGACCACCUUGUUGCAGAAGGCGACGAAGGGAAAGGGGCCGAAGACGACGCGGAGGGCGACGAAGUCGACGGUGAGCAUGUCGAAAGAAUCGAUGAAGAUGGUGACAGUCCAGUGGGAGAAGACGAGGAGAGCGACGAAGGCGUGGAUAGUGCGGUGGAGCAGACGGACCAGCCGGGCGACGAUUACGACAUGCGCAACUAUGCCAACAUUGACGACGACAUUGGGGACGGCAUCGAUGUCGACGACCAAGGCGGUGCCGCGACGUUUGACGGAGAGGGUGAGGAGGACGCGGGAGACGAGGAAGAAGAGUACGACGAAGAUGCCGAUGCAGAGGCCGACGACGACCGCUAUGCUGCUGCACCCCAACACAGGUUCUCAGCAGACAGCGACCAGGACGACGACGAAGAGGAAGCAGGAGGUGAGGAGUAUGACGAAGAAGACGAAGAAGGCGGCGAACGAUUUGAAGGAGAGGAAGAAGACUAUGACGAGGAAGACGAAGAGGAAGAAGAAGAAGAGCAAGAGGUUGAGGACGACGAAGAGGGCGAGCAUCCGUCGCUGGGCUUCCAGCGACCUCGGCUGUAUCAGCCGCCUGCACGACCAUCUCAACCGGCGCAGCCAGUCGUGAUCGAUUUGCUGUCGGACUCUGACGACGAUGCACAGCCGCCUCCUCGACAGGAAUCGAAACAUCCUGUUUCUGAGACGCCCAUUCCGCCACCCACUGUUCCGGGAUUUGGGCAGCCAUCAGGCGUGCCAAGAGGACCCGCGGCAGCUUCAACUCCUCCGGACGAAGACGAAGAACAAAGCGAGGAAGACGAAGUGGAAGAUGAGGAAGAGGAGGAGGAGGAGGAGGAAGAGGAGGAAGAGGAGGAAGAAGAGCUUGAAGAGGAGGAAGAAGAGCUUAAAGAGGGGGAGGAGGAUGAGCCGGAAGAAGAGGGAGAGCCGGAGGGAGAUGGUGCUGUCUCCGUUCGUUCUGACGGUGAAGUAGCGGCAACGGUUGAACCGGAAAACGAACCGGAAGACGGACUCGAGCAAGAUGCACCGGCUGCCGACGCUGACUCUGAGUUGGAGGACGAGGUCGAGAAAGAGCUGGAGGCCGAACUCGAAGCGGAACUCGCUGCGGACGCGAAAGAAACCGAGAAGGUCGAAGAGCCGGAUAAAGCUGAAACGACCGAACCGACUGACGGGAUGAACGAAGCCGAGGAUGUCCUGCCUGCUGAUAAAGAGACGGUCGAGGCUGUUGUGAUUGAGGAGGCAAACGAUGCCGAGAGCCGGGCUGCUGAAAACACAAGGGAAAUGACACGAGAUACCACGGAGCGGCCAAUAGCACGGGAGCCCGUGAAGCCAGCCGUUGAAUCUUUAGCGAGAGACGACGACAGCGGCGUGACUGGCCCCGUUCUCGAAAGCCAGGACCAGCAGGACAUCGGCAGUGAAGACGUGGUGAUGGCUGAGGCCGAAGGCGACAUACCUGAGGAAGACCGCUCAGACCAACCCCCCACCGAGGUCGUUGUCGAACUGCCAGAGGCCCCAGAAGCGCCAGAGCCAGCCCAUAAGACGCGCAGCCAAGCCGCCCGGCUGGCUCAAGAAGCCACCGCUGCUGCCUCUACUUCAGAAACGCCAUUCUCUCCGCCGCCAACACAGCACGUUUCUUCCCAGGAUGGCGCCACUGGCACGGCGCCUGGCGAGGUGCAGUCCAUGUCUGCUACUCAGACCACAGAACAGGCUGACGUUCCCGCUGCACAAGUGCAUCUGCCGACGCCAAUGCAGACACAAGACGGCGGGACCAGCAGCUUUGGACGCCACGAUCACGCCGACCAGGCUCAGCUCAAGUCUUUUCGACACACAGACGUGACGUCGAUCGCAGAAGACGACGACAUUGACGGGCAGAUCCAGAGCCAGAUUUUGACGGAGAUGGCAAUGAGUUUCGAGUUUGAGCAGCAGCAAGCGGACGUCGAUAUGCGCAGUGUGGCCAGCGGCGGCGACGUUGACAUGGCCGACCACGACAACGUGGACGGCGACCAUGUCAUGGGUGGAGAGUCGACACCAACACCACGCCAAGCCGGUCACGAUCAAGACCAUGGCGACUCGAUGCAUGUGGAUGCCGCUACGGACGUUGACAUGCAGAGCGCUGUCUCGAAGCAGUCAGACAUUGGCGUCGAAGACGCCGACGAAGUAGACAUUAUUGUCACUGAACCGGCACCCAAGGGAGACACCAGCGAUGCAGCUGUUGCUCAGUCAGCCGAUGCGGCGGCCGAAACACGUGCCAGGGACGCGGAGGCAGCAACAGCGUUACACAAGAACAAAACGGACGACGGAAAAGAGGAGACAACAGAGGAGCCGCCAGAACAAAUGACGUUGUCCAAGUUGCCUGAAGAAAACGACGGCAAACUGCGUCUUCCAGUUAACACAGACGACACAGCCGCGACUUCCUCUUCUCCUGUCGCCGAAACUCGCCAUACAAUGUCUCUCCGCUCGACGAACAGCCGUCUGCGGCGGAGCCUCAGCCCGCAGCCGGUCGUGCCCAGCGGCACCGCCACCCUCGAUGCCAGCAACAAAGCGUCUGCUGCUGCCAUGACGGCCGCCGUGGCCGACGCGACACCGGCGGAAGAACCCGACCGAAGCAUCCAGAUUGCACGCGGUGCGACAAUGCGGCGGUCUAAGAGAGCGCGUGCCGCUCCAGACGGAGCGACGGCGACCGGCGCAGUCGAUCAUGCACCGGCGUCGACAUCCGCCGCCAAAACACGGUCUGCCGCUGCCACAGCACCGGCCGCGGCUGUGGACUCGACCCAAGUAGACGGUGCUGGCGACGACGUAAGUGUCCAAGUUGCCCGGGGUGCGACUUCUAAGAAGCGGCCCGCCUCGAAGGCGAAAGACCAAGCAAAGGACAAGGACAAGGACAAGGAGAAGGAACAGGAAAAAGAAGAGAAAGAAAAGGAGACCGUGGCCAGCGUGUUCAUGGCCCCUCCGCCUCCUUCCAUGGCCGAGGUGAAGCUUGCACUCGACCGCUGCCGCGAUACUGUACCGGACUGCGUGCCGCUGCGAAACCUGCGGCCGCGUCUCCGGACGCGACUGGACGUGGCCGUUGUCGCCACAUCGUCGUCAGACGACGCGCCGCCACGGCGCACACGCACGCGCCAGUAUGCCAUGACGCUGACGGCGACCGAUCCAUCCCUUGUCGAGCACGUCUCGGCGUCGCGGCACCACCUGCAUAACUUGCAUGCGGCCAGCGGUGGGAGUCGGAGAGGAAGCCCAGCGGCCGUUGCCGCCAGUGGUGCCAACAACGCCGCCGACAACGCCAGCGACGCUGGCUCCGUGUCGGUCUCGCUGUCUGCUGCGGCCGGUGCGGACAUUGACGCCAUUGUCGAGGUCAGCGUGUUCCGCGCGCACAAGGACACGAUGCCCACGUUCCGGGCGGGCGACGGCCUGCUGCUGCGGCGAUUCGAGGUGGUGGCGCUGCACGACAAGGGCUUUGGUCUGCGGUCAACGGACGAGAGCGCCUAUGCUGUGUUUCCGGCAAAGGCCGUCGCAGAAGGGGCGGGGGAGAGGGCCAGCCAAAGAGAGGGCGGCGACGACGUGCACAUGCACGCCGCGGCUGAGAAGGAUGCUUCGUCGCCGUCACCACCGCCCCAGGUCAACGGACCGCCUGUCGAGGACAUGGAUCGGGAGGCGCAGUUUAUCGGACUGCUCAAGCAGUGGUACCGGCUGCUAGACGAGGGCGCACGAGCGCAGCUGGCGGCGGCCAACGCACGGUUUGCGGUGGUGGAUGAGGCAGCCCGGGCGGCUGGUGGCGAGUCGCAGUAA